UACUUAUUCAUUAUAAUCAAAGCUUGUCUGCCCAUAAAAUUCCCAUUUUGAACUGAUGUCGACAUAAUCUGUAACGAGAAAAUUUCACUCAUGCACAUGCGCCAUGCCAAACAUUUCAGACUGAUGCUUAAAGUCUAGUGAUUCUGCAACAUCUACAAAACCUAUAAUAUUUGAUAAUAGAUCUUGUGAGUAUUGAUCCUCGACCAGUAAAGUCGGUCCAACUUCUGAGAACGUAAACGGUGUACAUCUUCCUAGGGUGUUGAUUUGAGUUUCUGCUUUUUAAGGCCACCAUUACACUGCAGAUCCUUCCCAGGUGGGACUCAAACUAGAAGGUUUUAGAACAACACAACCACUUUACUGGAUCGUUGAACAUGUCACUAGACCAUAACCCACAUAUUAUGAAUUCAUAACUUUAAUUUGAAAGUUUCGACUAUUUAUUUAUAUGAGCAACAUAUGAAGAUCAAAUAAUUGAAGAGUGGAGCCCUGAGCCCGACCACCUUUGCCUCCAUUUCCACAAAUGAGAAUCCCAUGUCCCUUAGAACAUGGAGCGCUAGUUAUUGCAUUUGAUCUUUGUCCUCCCUAAUCUUAUUUCUUUCAAAUCAUCAUUUACUUACAUAAAACUUCAACUUGUGGCACUCUCGCAAUAAUCAUUUACUUCCACGUGGACUAAAACACCUCAAACAUAUCUGCCAAUUGUCACAACCUAUAAGUUAGUUGGUCCACCGUAUAAACCUUGAAAUCGAGGAAUUAUAGGUGCUUUAAUUGAAAUUGGAUUGUUGUAAUUAACUAACUUUUUGACGUGUUAUUAACUAACUUAUGUUUCAAUAUUCAAAGAUAAUAUAACUCCAAGGUGUGAUAAUGCAUUUGCUCUUGUUCUCAACUUUUCUAGAAUAUAAUAUUAAUGUUCCCAAGUCUAGGGCCAACAUACAAGUCCCACCAUGCAAACAUGUAUAUUAUAAUGUCUAUAUAACUGACAAUAAGCGAUGGUGUUCAAUAUUCACAUAUCCACAAAGCAUUCCAUCGUCAAUCUAUCCUCAAGAUUAGAGAAUCAUAUAUUCAAAAACUGUUAAAUUUUUUAUCGUUCUUUCAUCUUUUAAAAUAUAAGUUACUACAUAACAGUUUUGGAGCCAUAUAUAUAGAUUGGUCAGAAAUGGAGAUCAAAUCGGUGGCGUGCGAGUGUUGCGGCUUAACGGAAGAUUGUACACCAAACUACAUUAAUAAGGUCAAAGCUAAUUUUGCCGGAAAAUGGCUUUGUGGGCUUUGCUCCGAGGCGGUGAGUGACGAAUUCAGCCGUGAUCGGAAGAUGACGACGGUGGAGGAAGCUGUCAACGCCCACGUUUCGUUUUGUAGUAAGUUUAAAGCCAACCCGGCAGAACUCGUUGCAGACGGCAUGAGGCAGAUGCUACGUAGGAGGUCCGGUGAGUUGUUGCCGGCGAAGUCCAAGAAGUUUGGAAGAUCUAAAACCACUUAGUUGCGUUUACACAUCUUUUUCCCUCGUUACUUUCUUCGCUUUUAUAGUAUUGGCCAAUGUACAAUAUAAUAAAAUAUAAAAUCAUCACA